GCCAGCAUUAAUGUUGGCAUAGUGAAUGGCACAGAGGCUGAACCUCACUCCAGACCCUACAUGGUUUCUCUUCAGGAAAAUGGUAAACAUGAGUGUGGCGGCUUUCUUGUGUCUGAAAACUUUGUCAUGUCGGCUGCGCACUGCUGGAAGAAUGGGGUGAAUCUGACAGUGGUGAUUGGCGCUCAUGAUCUGGACAACUAUAACUAUUUCCGCAUACCAGUGAAGUUCUACCACGUCUAUCCUGGUUACAGGCGUCUGAAAAAUGACAUCAUGCUCCUGCAGCUUGAAAAACCAGUCCAAAGGAGCAGAACUGUUGAGUGGAUCGCCAUCCCCAAAACAAAUAAGGAUGUUGAGGCUAAUACCAUUUGCAGUGUCGCUGGUUGGGGAAAAAUUGCAUUUGAAGGCCCUUAUAGUUCCCGUCUUCUGGAGGCAGAUGUCAGUGUCAUAGAAACAGAAACAUGCAAAAGGGACUGGGGAAACUAUUUCUCAGAGUCAAAUAUGAUGUGUGCAGGUUCCGGCCGUGGAUUUUGUCAGGGAGAUUCCGGAGGUCCUUUGGUGUGUAAUAAUAUCGCAGUCGGAAUUGUGUCCUUCUUUGAAAACGGGAACUGUGACAAACCCACCGUACCAAACGUCUACGCAAAGAUAUCGCAAUUUCUUCCCUGGAUCAAGGAGAUCAUCAAUGACUUACAAUGAAACAAUGAAUAAACAAAACAUUUUGCUUUUGCAUGCA